AUGAAAGUGACGCCAAUUAUCUUCGCUGUAUUUUGUGUCGUAGGUGCUAUGACAUUGAUCACAGCUACAACGUUAGAGCAAGCACCUCACCCGAGUGAAAAAGACAUGGAAUUAGUGUAUAUUGAUGCAGAAUAUGAAAAAGAAGGUGGACUGAAAUCAAUAUGCAACGAAAUAAAACGAUCAUUCAGAAAAGGGCGCCACCACAUAUAUAAAGUUAUGGAUAAAUAUAUACGGAAGGAAGAUUUAGGCAUGAAAAUGUUAGAUGUUGCCAAAAUCCUUGGAAGACGCAUUGAAAGACGUAUGGAAUACAUAGCGAAGAAACUUGAUAAGAUGAUGGAAUAUGAAUCGUCUUAG